AUGACACCAAGCUUCUACGGCUUCGCCGGUGGCCUCGGCGGCCUACCCACGGGGAGGUCUACCGCCGGCACGCGCGGAGUUGCUGCCGCUGACUUGGCAUCAGCAGGAUCGAGCGGGGCAAAGGGGCUGCAGGAUGGGGGCGGGAGCGGGGCAACCGGAAGCGCGAAGGGCUCGCCGUUUGCGGCGGCGUCUUGGCUGAAAGAACGCGUGCGCGAUGGGAAACGGAGGGUGCAAAUGCAGGUAAUGUCAAUGGUGCCGGACACAAGCAUGGACGCGAAGUGCUUCGACGACGCUCCCGUGCCGGUGGACGAGAGAGGUUUUCACGUCAACGGGUGGCGAUGGCACUCUCGGGCUGUUUUGCGCGACAUCGCGCGGUUUCGACGAGCGGCGUUGCUGGCUGCGGAGGCAACCGGUGGGGCGGACGGGGGGGGUGAGAAGGGCGCGGCGGCGGUGGAGCGGGUGGCCAAGUGCUAUGGCUUCAUGUGGACGUUCAGUGUGACGAAGCUGCACAACACGGAGACGAGUCUGUUCUUCCCGUGGCUGAGGGACUUGGUACCAAAGGAGGUGCUACCUCCGCUGAGCGAGUUCGACCGGGAGAGGGAGGGGGUCGUGCGGAUAGGGAAGAAGAUCGGCCAGUUCGUGGCCGAAGCGGAGCGGGCGUCCGCCUCCAAGUCCUCGUCGCCAAGAGCGGCUUUGCUCCGGUGCGCCGAGCUCGCAGAAGAGCUCGAGGCCAAGGCGGCACGGCUGGCGAGGGUUCAGGAGGCGGCCAUUGUCCCGGUGACGGCGGCGUACGCCACCUCCAAGCAGCAGUGGAAGUUCAACGACAAGGUGAUCUUUAGCCUCGGAUUGGUGGAUGCCCAGGUGUUCCUGGUGGCGAUGCACGACGCCAUCAAGUCCGACCGGGAGGAGUUCAACAAAUUCCGCAAGAAUGUCCCGAAGUUUGCGCGAGCCCUCAUCCCGACGUGGCGACGAGUCUUGUACCUCCCUCGAGCGGGCUGCCUAGAAGACUCUGCCGACGUUGUCGUCGCUCCCUAG